AUGGUGGAAAAUAAAGAUCAACUAUCGAUGGUAUCCGCCGAUGAUCUGGACAAACUUUCAAGGGUGUCUGAUGGAUUUACUGCUGGCCUCGAUAAAGUUACUCAACAGCUCACUACUACUGAUGGGAGGUUAGCUAAGCUCCAGAGCAAGUACGAUCAGAUACAGACUUCAGCCUCCUCACCCCAAACGCCAGCACCUUUACGACAGAACAGGGGGAGCCCCAUAGAUAAGUAUGGUCACUACGCAAACAAAAAUAAGAUAGCAAAGAAUGCGGGUGGCAGGAAUGUCCGCGAUGGUCUCUAUGCGGAGCGCUACUUUAUUGGUUUACCAACGAUAACUCCACGUAAUAAUCUCAUCAUUAGCGACACACAGAAGGAGAUUAUCAAUGCUAACGGUGGCACUGCCUGGGGGGCGAUUUUAGUCGCGGCUGGCUACGUCGAUUGGCAGGUCGGAAUGUUUCACAAGGUGACCUCAGAAGGGGCUAUCUCGUGGAAAGCUAAAAAAUAUAGCUUUUGUAUGCAAGACGUUGAUAUUUAUGGAUACCUGAUCAUGCACGAUCAAAUUAGAAAAGGCAAACCCUUCGCCGAAUUUGUUGAAAGAGGCUACUGGCGUCGUGGUAUCGAGUUCUAUGAUAAAUACCGCACGACGCACGUGCCUGAUAUGCUUCUUCCAAUACCUGCCGCUUUCUUUCAGCUUUUUAUUGCGCUGAAAUGUCUGGAAUGUAUCCCCUUUUUUUUCCCAAAAAAUUUUAGAAAGAAGCCCUUCAAAGUUCAGCAAGCGAUCGUUUUUUGUGAACUCGUCCCAAAUCUGGCUUAUGCUUUUAAUAAUCUGGCUGCCGGUGUAACUACUACUAGCAUGUUUUGUAAAUAUUCUUUCCUUGGGGAACAUCCGUUUGUUAUGGGGUUGUUUCAUCAAGCUUGGAAAUCAUGGUCAACUUUUACUACUCUACUCUUAGCUAUCAUGUGGAUGAACGAGGCGAGUGCGGUGAAGAAAAUGAAAGCUGCAGGCCCGAUAUUUAAGGAGAGGAAGCGGUCACUGCUUGCAGCAUGGUUAUUUUGCUUUGUUAUUGAACUUGAAGUUUUUGGGUGCGACUGGUGGAUUGGCUACCCUACCUUCAUGCCAGAUGCCUCCAUGUUCUUCACAUUGGUGUUUCCUUUGAUAUCCUUUGUUUGCGCCAUUUUUUUCCAGUCUCAAGCUAGCAAGGUUGCUGUGUCUCUCAUGAACUCCUCUAAUGAUAAUGCAGCGAUUGUCGCCUUCAGGAAAAAGAUGAUGUUGAAUCUGGCGCGAGGCGGAAUUUUCGACUCUUGUGCUUUCAUAGCCAUGCCGAUUGCGCACUUAACGGCAAUGCUUUAUGUCCACGGCCGAGGUUACUCAGCCCUUUUCCUCUUUGGCGACGUUGCUUUCCGUACUCCUGUUUCUUACUUUCAAGUCACAUCUAUAGAGCCUCCGCAGAUUGCACAGAGAAACAAAGCCAGACAGAACAAGCGAAGUGAUCCCACUUUCUCCUUCCGUGGUCCGGAACAUGCCGAACCCAGCGUCAGCGAUCGUUGGACCAUCAUGUUAGCGGCUCAAGGGAUACGCCAGGACCACUUGGAUACUUUGCCAAGUUUUGUAAGGAUUGAUAAGUAUGGUCACUACGCAAACAAAAAUAAGAUAGCAAAGAAUGCGGGUGGCAGGAAUGUCCGCGAUGGUCUCUAUGCGGAGCGCUACUUUAUUGGUUUACCAACGAUAACUCCACGUAAUAAUCUCAUCAUUAGCGACACACAGAAGGAGAUUAUCAAUGCUAACGGUGGCACUGCCUGGGGGGCGAUUUUAGUCGCGGCUGGCUACGUCGAUUGGCAGGUCGGAAUGUUUCACAAGGUGACCUCAGAAGGGGCUAUCUCGUGGAAAGCUAAAAAAUAUAGCUUUUGUAUGCAAGACGUUGAUAUUUAUGGAUACCUGAUCAUGCACGAUCAAAUUAGAAAAGGCAAACCCUUCGCCGAAUUUGUUGAAAGAGGCUACUGGCGUCGUGGUAUCGAGUUCUAUGAUAAAUACCGCACGACGCACGUGCCUGAUAUGCUUCUUCCAAUACCUGCCGCUUUCUUUCAGCUUUUUAUUGCGCUGAAAUGUCUGGAAUGUAUCCCCUUUUUUUUCCCAAAAAAUUUUAGAAAGAAGCCCUUCAAAGUUCAGCAAGCGAUCGUUUUUUGUGAACUCGUCCCAAAUCUGGCUUAUGCUUUUAAUAAUCUGGCUGCCGGUGUAACUACUACUAGCAUGUUUUGUAAAUAUUCUUUCCUUGGGGAACAUCCGUUUGUUAUGGGGUUGUUUCAUCAAGCUUGGAAAUCAUGGUCAACUUUUACUACUCUACUCUUAGCUAUCAUGUGGAUGAACGAGGCGAGUGCGGUGAAGAAAAUGAAAGCUGCAGGCCCGAUAUUUAAGGAGAGGAAGCGGUCACUGCUUGCAGCAUGGUUAUUUUGCUUUGUUAUUGAACUUGAAGUUUUUGGGUGCGACUGGUGGAUUGGCUACCCUACCUUCAUGCCAGAUGCCUCCAUGUUCUUCACAUUGGUGUUUCCUUUGAUAUCCUUUGUUUGCGCCAUUUUUUUCCAGUCUCAAGCUAGCAAGGUUGCUGUGUCUCUCAUGAACUCCUCUAAUGAUAAUGCAGCGAUUGUCGCCUUCAGGAAAAAGAUGAUGUUGAAUCUGGCGCGAGGCGGAAUUUUCGACUCUUGUGCUUUCAUAGCCAUGCCGAUUGCGCACUUAACGGCAAUGCUUUAUGUCCACGGCCGAGGUUACUCAGCCCUUUUCCUCUUUGGCGACGUUGCUUUCCGUACUCCUGUUUCUUACUUUCAAGUCACAUCUAUAGAGCCUCCGCAGAUUGCACAGAGAAACAAAGCCAGACAGAACAAGGUGAUAGGCUCCGCCGUUCGGAGUAGCUUUUCUUCUACUAGCAGCAUGAGUAGCUCGAGUAGCUCCAUGAGCCCCACCAGCUCGUCCGAGAGCUCGUCUGCCAGCUCGUCCGACGCUGGGAAUACCACUACUGCGUCCAGUGUUGCAUAG